GCUGUUUUUCAAGGUACGCACCGGGAGAUGUUCGCAUAUGAGGUUAACAUGUCAUAUUAGACGCACUGGCGCACAGAAGCGCUCAUUAGUCUGGGAGGUGAUCGCAGGCGUCAGGCGCUUUUAUUCCACGGAAAAUUUGUCGUGGAAUAGAGUGCUCUCUCUCUCUCUCCCUUUUUUUUUUUUUUUUUUUUUUAAAUGUAUUAUCUAUUUUAUUCAUUGUGUUCGUGCUAACUGAAGUCUCUGUGCAACCAGCGUUUAUGACAGUAUCGAAGUCCACAUUUGGCUCAAAGGACGGAAUAAGAGAUCUGCUGCGCUCUUUCGCUUGCGAACAGAGGACCUGCUGUUCUCUGCUCAGUCUCGCCGGCCGGAGAAAACAAACGGGGAUUGUUAACUCUUGCGUGGACCCCCUCCUCCUCCUCCUCCUGUCACUGCAGGCGAAUAGACGGAUAAAAUGUUGAGGAAAUCUCUAGUAAUCCCCGGACUGCGGGUGAAUUGUCAGCAGUUUAAAGGGAUCCAGAAACGGACAGCGGGGCUGGGUUCACUGACGGACAUCCACCGCAGAGACGCAGCCUCAUCCACCACCACCACCACCACCACCACCUCGAUGGGUGUCAACAAGCUGAAGACGAUGGAUGAUUUGGGAGGACCCAGUUUCUUGACUACUCUGAAUUGGCUUUUUGUGAAAGGGUAUUUUCCAAAGAUGCAUCAGAUACAAAUCGAGCACAAAAAGAUCUACGGUCCUCUGUGGAAGUCUACCUUCGGUCCCAUGACUGUGGUGAACGUGGCCAGCGCCGACCUGAUCGAGCAAGUACUGAGACAAGAGGGGAGACACCCACUCCGAACAGACAUGCCCCACUGGAGGACAUACAGAGAGGUCAGGAACCAGGCCCACGGACCCUUGACAGAGUUCGGGGCCAAGUGGCAGCGCAUCCGCAGCAUCUUGAACCCUCGGAUGCUGAAGCCCAAGCACGUCUCCUCCUAUUCUGACUGCAUCAACGAGGUGGUGACGGACUUCAUUGAGAGAGUGGCCCGGCUGAGGGAAACCAGCGGACAGGGGGUUAUGGUCAACGACCUCACGGACGAACUCUACAAAUUUGCCUUUGAAGGAAUCUGUUCGGUGCUGUUCGAGACCCGUAUGGGCUGCAUCAACGAGGUGGUGCCCGAGGAAACCAAAAAGUUCAUCUUCUCCGUGGGGGAGAUGUUCCGGCUCUCCCACGUCGUCAUAAUCUUCCCUCAGUCCCUCUGGCCCUACCUGCCCUUCUGGAAACAGUUUGUUGCAACCUGGGAUCAUCUCUUCAAAGUCGCUGAAGAUUUGGUGAAGAAGAAAAUGGAGGAGAUUCAGGAGAAUGUGCACCUGGACCGAGACGUGGAGGGAGCGUAUCUCACACACCUGCUGCUCAGCGAUCAGAUGACGCUCCAAGAGAUCCUGGGCAGCAUCACCGAGCUCCUUCUGGCAGGAGUGGACACGACCUCCAACACCAUCUCCUGGUGUUUGUACCACUUGGCCAAGGAGCCAGAGAUCCAGGAGCAGUUAUACCAGGAGGUGGUAGGAGUCUGCCCCGGGGGCAAGGUGCCAAACAGCAGCGACGUCACUCACAUGCCGUACCUGAAGGCCAUCAUCAGAGAAACGCUACGGAUGUAUCCAGUGGUGCCAGGAAACGCCCGCGUCACCGUCGAAAAUGAAAUUGUGGUGGGAGGACACCUCUUCCCCAAAAGGACUCUGUUCCAUUUGUGCCACUACGCCGUGUCCUACGACGAGGACGUUUUCCCCGACCCGCACACCUUCCUGCCGGACCGCUGGCUCAGGGGAACAGAUGACAGGUCCAGGAAUCACCCGUUCGGGUCGGUGCCGUUCGGUUUUGGGAUCAGGGCGUGUCUGGGUCGACGGGUGGCUGAGCUGGAGAUGUAUCUCCUCCUGUCCAGGGUGAUAAAGCGCUUUGAAGUGAGGCCCGAUCCUUCUGGGAAAACGGUGAAGCCGGUCACCAGGACGCUGCUCUGCCCCGCUACACCCAUCAACCUCCAGUUUCUAGACAGAAGAGCGACGGCAGGAGUUUCCUCUCAGUGAGCUGUUGUCUCAAGGACUGGCUGCAACACACUUAAACCACAAGUCAAAUGAAGAAGUUGUACAGUCUGGGUUUGUAGAGUAAACGCUGUAAGCCUUUUGUUUCUUUUUGUAAAGGUGUUAAAUCAGUCAAGAGUCGUUUCCGCUUUUUACUUAAAGUAGCCACUACAUAGUGUAUGUAAUAAGGCUGUUCCUCCCUUUAAAAGAUGAGGCUAGUGUAUUUCUGUAUUUUACAUUUUCUUGAAAACUUGAAAACAGUCAGUCCCAAACCCAUUGACUUCCACUAAAAAUAUACCUUUUAAAUUGGCUAAGUAUUAUUUUAUCUCUCUUUGUUUCGGUACUGUAGGGACUAUUUCAAUCAGGAGCGACUCUUCUGAGAGGACAUUUAGAUUCAAUAACGUGCAUAGAUGAUAAAAUAUGAGACCAGAUAUUAAGCAAUUAGUCCCAAUUAUGUAAUAAAUUUAGUGUUUUUAGAAUAUAACCAGCCUUUUCCUUCAUGUAAUUGUAAAUGCAUAUUUUUUAAUUUAUCUUAAAUAUACCCAGAUACUUAAUGUUGAAAUAUUAAAGGUUAAUGUAAUGAAUUUUCAAAGGGAAAUGCGUGUUGUCAUAUUUUUGUGUUUUUGUACAUACAGAAAAAUAAAAAGAAUUUUAGGUUUAUAAUAACAGA